AUGGCGGCCACCAAGCGCGCGCUGGGGCGCAACAUCAUGGUCUUCGCGAGCGAAGUGCCGGUCAUCAGCGCGAUGAAUCCGUAUCGCAAGAUCGAGGAGGUUUUUCUUGACGUUUGGCGCCGCACGAAUCCUAGCCAGGUCUCCUCUCUCCAAAAGCGUCUCUCUCUAGCGCUGCCCAGUCCUGAAGAGAAGAUGCAAGCCAUCGUACAGGAUUUAGGCGCCGCUCCAGCCAUCAAUGAGCUGAUCCUAGAGGCCUCUGAGGCCAAAACUAUUCACCAGGUGGCCACAGCUCAAGCCAAGGUGGUGAAAUCAUUACCAUCCGCCACCCCGGCCGACGUAAAGGCCGACGUGGUACAAUUUGUGACCUCCACGAUGCAUAAGGGCUUCGGUGUUAAGCAGGAGACAGCAGGCAUCGAGCAAUACCAGGAGAAAAGAAAAGUGGUGGUUAAAGAGAGAAAUUUGGUCUUCUCGAAGAAGAAAAUAGCUACUAUAGGGGACUAUAACUUGCUAGUGGGGGGCAAGAUCGACGGUCGAGCGGAUGGGAAGGUGAUAGAAGUCAAGAACCGACUCAAGAGGUUCAUGAACCCAUUGCCCAAGUACGACAUCGCCCAAUUGCAGACGUAUCUGUACAUUCUUGACGUGCAGGAAGGGGAAUUGGUGGAGCAUUUACAGGCUGAUAAGGCACAGACCAAGAUGACCAAAGUGCCGUGGAACGACAAAAUGUGGAACGCGGAGAUUGAGCCAUACCUUGUGCGGUUCGGCAGUGCUUUGACAUACUUGAUGAAGGACAAGACUGCGCAAAAGGACUAUCUACAGUCGGAUGCUGGUCAACAGCGAGAGAUUAUUCGAUAUCUGUGGAGUCAGGAGGUGCAGCAGACCGAAUUACUAAAAUAA